GCCAUUGUUUUAGAAUUUAGACCUUGUUGAUGUUGACUACUUUUUAUCUUUUAUUUCAUUUGCAUAUGUAAGUAAGCUUUGUUGGAGAAUACUAAAGUGGCUACCUUUGCUUGGGUGAUAAAAAGAAAAGGAAAAAGGACCCACCUGUUCUUAGACUUUCAUUUUCUUCCCUUCUGGUUUUAGAUCUAAAAAACCCAAUUCAUGGUUUAAUCCUUGUUGUGACCAAAAAGGAACAUCUGGGUCUGUUUUGCUAUUUUUGUUCUGGUAAGGGAGAGGAAUUGAAGGAAAGGAGAGUUAUGGGGCUGGUUGGUGUCCAAGAAAAUGGGAAAGGGGAAAUGGCUUUGUCUUUGGGGAACAAGAGCAAGUACAAGAGAAUGGAUUCUGAGCUAUCUGAUGAAUUUGAUGAUGAGGCUUCAAAUCAUUAUAAUGAACUAGAGAGGAAGAAAAGUAUCAGGAAAUAUGUUCUUGCUUGUGCUAUUUUUGCAUCUCUCAACAAUGUUCUUCUUGGCUAUGAUGUAGGUGUCAUGAGUGGAGCGAUUAUAUUUAUUCAGGAAGAUCUGAAGAUAAGUGAGGUACAGGAAGAAGUUCUCGUUGGGAUUUUGAGUAUCAUUUCCCUUUUGGGUAGCUUAGCUGGUGGAAGGACAUCUGAUAUCAUUGGUAGAAAAUGGACAAUUGCCUUUGCAGCUGUUAUAUUUCAGAUUGGUGCAGCUAUUAUGACAUUUGCACCUUCAUUCCAGAUACUAAUGAUAGGACGAGUUUUGGCCGGGGUUGGUAUAGGCUUUGGAGUCAUGAUUGCUCCGGUCUAUAUUGCUGAGAUAUCGCCAACUGUUGAUAGAGGCUCUCUUACUUCCUUCCCUGAGAUUUUCAUAAAUCUAGGAAUUUUGCUUGGUUAUGUCUCAAAUUAUGCAUUUUCCGGUCUUUCAGUUCAUAUAAAUUGGAGGGUGAUGCUCGCUGUUGGAAUUUUGCCUUCAGUCUUCAUAGGAUUUGCACUUUUUAUCAUCCCUGAAUCGCCAAGGUGGUUGGUAAUGCAGAACCGAGUUGAAGAUGCGAGAUCUGUGCUAUUAAAGACAAAUGAAAAUGAGAAUGAUGUGGAUGAGAGGCUCUCGGAAAUAGUAGCAGCCGCUGGAAUGUCUAAUGGAGAGAAGAAUGAAGAGAAAGCUGUAUGGCGUGAACUGCUAAGUCCUUCUCCUCCACUUCGUCGGAUGCUGAUCACUGGAUUCGGAAUCCAGUGUUUCCAACAAAUCACUGGAAUAGAUGCAACUGUGUAUUAUAGUCCUGAAAUCUUCAAGGAAGCUGGGAUUGAGAAUAACUCUAAGCUUCUUGCUGCAACAGUUGCCGUGGGUGUUACAAAGACCGCUUUUAUAUUGAUUGCUACAUUUCUUGUGGAUAGAGUUGGGAGGAAGCCCUUGCUCUACGUGAGCACAAUUGGGAUGACGGUCUGUUUGUUAACCUUAAGCCUUACCCUUGGUUUUCUGGGUCACGGGCAGCUUGGAGUUGCACUUGCGGUCUUGUGCGUUUGUGGUAAUGUAGCUUUCUUUUCGGUGGGAAUGGGUCCUAUUUGCUGGAUUUUGACAUCAGAAAUCUUUCCAUUGAGGUUGCGAGCUCAAGCAUCUGCGCUUGGGGCUGUAGGUAACAGGGUAUGUAGUGGCCUCGUUGCCAUGUCAUUCCUCUCUCUAUCUCGUACAAUUACAGUGGGCGGAACCUUUUUCCUCUUUGCACUGUUGUCAGCUCUUUCUGUUCUCUUUGCUUACAAAUGUGUUCCGGAGACGAAGGGAAAAUCAUUGGAACAGAUUGAGUUGCUUUUUGAAAAUCAUAAUGAAUGGCAAGGAAGUGAAGUGGAGAUGGGAGACUCCGAGCAUCUAGUACAGAAAGCGUGAGUAAUUGGGGAUUGACGGCUCAUUUUCCAGGUCAAAACUUGCUACUUACGGUUUAAUGAUUGAAGUGGCAAAACCCAUAACCAUACGAAAUGUUACACCAUUCAAAGCUAGCAUUGUGCAUCAACCUGCAAGUGUCGGAGAAUGUUUACUAGCACCCUAAACAUAUGCAACUGGAAGCUCUAAGGAGGAAGCAUAGUGCCAUUGAGGUGCAUCAUUACAGUCAGAAAUCAUGUCUGAAGCUAUUUUUGUUCUCCAUAUCGGUACACGAUUUUAUUUGUUUCAAGAUCCAAGUGAAUAUAGUAGUAUUCUUGUUAGACAUAUACUUGUAUCAAUGUUUGAUUUCUUGGGACAAAUCUUAAAUGGAUGGAAAAGAACAUGUUUGUGACUUGUGUCUCAUCAUGUUUGUACCAAACUUAAACUCCUGUUAGAAAUUGAGCCAUCUUUUUCUUCUCUGUGAA